AAGAAAUGAGUCUUAUUUAUAUAAUUAAACCAAUCUUCCUUUUCUUUCUUUCUUUUUCACUUUUUUUAGACCAGAAAAUAAAUCAGGAAUAUGUAUCAACCUCCACCAGGUCAAAAGUCGGAACACGACCAAUUCCCACUUCAAGAUACUCAGUUUUCUCAUCAACCAGCUGUAACUCGUUCACCUUUUGAUGAUGACAACUACCCAGCAGAUCAACAUAUGCCACAGUACGAUCAUCAACCUCUCUUAGAUUCUGGGGUUGGGCCAAACCUCCCAUACCCACCCGUUAAUAACAGUUAUCCUCCCUCCAGCCCCGGAGCUUCACCCUAUCCUCAGUAUAACUCAAACUCUCCCGUUGGUGGUCCCCCCACUUAUUUCACACCACCUUCACCAAACAUGCAUUACGGUGAAGCCCCUAGACGUCAACCUCGUCGUUAUAAGACCACUCGACAAGUUAAGUUGACAAAAGGUAAUUUGGUUUUGGAUUGUCCUGUUCCCACCAGUUAUCUGAAGGAUGUACCAUUGAAGGAAGGAAAAGAGUUCACUCACAUGCGUUAUACUGCCGCUACGUGUGAUCCCAAAGAUUUCGUUGGAGAAGGUUACACUCUUCGUCAACAAAUGCUUGGCCGUAAAACUGAAUUAUUUAUCGUCUUGACUAUGUAUAACGAAGAUGAAGUUUUAUUUGCACGUACUAUGCAUGGUGUAAUGAAAAAUAUUGCUCAUCUUUGCUCCCGUGAUCGUUCCAGUACUUGGGGUCCUGCCUCUGGUGGACCAGGAUGGCAUAAAGUUACUGUUUGUAUCGUUUCGGAUGGUCGUAACAAGGUCAAUCCUCGUACAUUGUCAUUAUUAGCAUUAUUAGGUGUCUACCAAGAAGGUGUCGCCAAAAAUGUUGUGCAUGGUAAACCUGUUACGGCUCAUAUUUACGAAUAUACCACACAAAUUUCUGUCGAUCCUGACAUGGAAGUGAAAAAGGCCGGUUCAAAGAAUGUCGUACCUUGUCAGCUUUUAUUCUGUUUAAAGGAAAAGAAUCAGAAGAAAAUUAACUCUCACCGUUGGUUUUUCCAAGCAUUUGGUCCUGUCGUGAAUCCUCAUAUUUGUGUAUUGAUUGAUGUUGGUACCAGACCAGGUGGUACAUCUAUUUAUCAUCUUUGGAAAGCUUUUGAUAUCAAUUCCAACAUUGCCGGUGCUUGUGGUGAAAUUCGUGCUAUGGCUGGUACUGCCGGUGUUGCUCUUUUAAACCCUUUAGUCGCUGCUCAAAAUUUUGAAUACAAAAUGUCCAAUAUUUUGGAUAAGCCUCUCGAAUCCGUCUUCGGUUAUAUUUCUGUUUUACCUGGUGCAUUUUCAGCCUAUCGUUUCCAAGCCCUUCAAAAUGAUGUUGAUGGUCAUGGUCCUCUUGAAAAAUAUUUCUUGGGUGAAACUCAGCACGGUGGUGACGCUGAUAUCUUUACAGCAAAUAUGUAUUUAGCUGAAGAUCGUAUCUUAUGUUAUGAGCUGGUGGCUAAGAAAAAAGCACAUUGGGUUUUACAUUAUGUGUCUAGUUCGUACGGUGAAACUGAUGUUCCUGAUAAAGUCGAUGAAUUUAUUUCUCAACGUAGACGUUGGUUAAAUGGCUCUUUCUUUGCUGGUAUUUAUGCGCUUUAUCAUUGGCGAAAGGUUUGGGAUUCUGAUCAUUCUUUUAUUCGUAAAAUGAUGUUCAUGUUCGAGGAUGUUUACAACACUUAUAAUCUCAUCUUUUCUUGGUUUGCUUUGGGAAAUUUUUAUCUUACUUUCUAUAUUUUGACUCGUGCUCUCGCGCCCAAUGAUGACGGUACAGGUCUCUCCAACCCUCCCUUCUCCGCUACAACCGCAACACUUUUACAUAACAUUUUGAAUUAUAUCUACAUUAUUCUGCUCGUCGUACAAUUUAUUAUUGCCCUUGGUAAUCGCCCUCAAGGUUCAAAAAUGAUGUACACAUUUUCUAUGGUAUUCUUUGCUCUUCUCAUGAUUUAUAUGAUGUUUGCUGCAAUCUGGAUCACCGUUGUUGGAGUUCAAACAAUUGUCCAAGGCUCAGAUGGAUCUUUGAUGGAAAUGCUAAAUGAAUCUACCUUUAGAAAUAUUAUCAUCUCACUGUGUUCAACCUACAUCAUGUAUUUUGUGUCCAGUUUUAUGUUUCUCGAUCCUUGGCACAUGUUUUCCAGUUUUAUUCAGUAUAUUCUCUUAUCUCCCAGUUAUACCAACGUUCUCAAUAUUUACGCAUUCUGUAAUACACAUGAUGUUUCUUGGGGUACCAAAGGCGACAAUACGGUUGCUACUGAUUUGGGUGUUGUAAAAGCCAAAAAAGACGGAUCGGGUGAUUUGGCAGUAGAGGUUGAAGUACCUACCGAGGAAAAGGAUAUCAAUGCAGCCUAUAUUGAUGCUCAGGUUGAAUUAACCAAGAAGGUCGAACCAGAGAAAUCACAUCGUGAUGCCAAAACAAAACAAGAGGAUUAUUAUAGAUCUUUCCGUACUAGAUUGGUAUUAUCGUGGAUCGUGUCCAACUUAGUGCUAGUAGUUGCUAUCACAAAUACUUCCGUCAUAACAGUCGGUGAUCGUUCCGCUGCAUAUCUUGGUUUUGUACUUUGGUCUGUUGCUGGCUUGUCUUUAAUCAGAUUCACUGGAUCUACGCUUUAUCUCAUCUUCAGAAUUUUCACCGGAUAAAUAUUUCAUUUAUCAAUAAUUAUUUGUACUUACCGCUCACACCUACCUAAAAAACCCAAAAACAUUUCCUUAUAAAUGUUAAGUCAGUCGAUACCAUUCCUGAUAAUUUAUAAUAAAAAUUUAUACAUUUAUUCAUAAA